GGAAGCAUGGGAGGUCCCACGAGUUUUUGGACCCCGCGCCUGAGAGCAGCAAUGUGGCCUGAAGUAGGAGGCAUACUGCGGGGGACCUGUAAACAGCUGGGCCGGAACGUUGGGCUGCCAUGUGCAGCCCUGGGGCCUAGGCCCCACUGGUGGGGACCACCGGGGGGUUCUUGGGCCCAAAAGCUGCAUCAGGAUGGGCCUGGCAGAGGCCUGAGUGAAGAGGAUAUUCACAGGGCACGGGAGGCCUGUCCCAAGAAGAUGCCUCGGCCCCAGCUGAGUGAUCGCUCUCGGGAACGUAAGGUGCCUGCCUCCCGCAUCAGCCGCCUGGCCAGCUUUGGGG